UCCAUUCCCCAGUCCAAAAAAAAAAAAAAAAAGUUUCUCUCUUUACGAAUCGAAUCCACAGAAAUCUCAGAAUAUGGCGGGAGGUGGUGGAGCGGAAGCUCACGCGCGAAACAACCAAUACCAGCUGCGAUCGAAUUCCAGUCUGGUCCUCCUGGCGUCCUCCGACCCUCGCUCACGUGACGGUCACGUGCCCAGCGGCGAGGCUGAGUCUCUCCGCGGCAGAAUCGACCCCAAAAGCUUCGGUGAUAGGGUUCGCAGGGGAAGGCCGAAGAGGCACCGCCGCGACCCGAGUCCCCCGGAACCUUUUGCUUCCAGCAAACGGCGCCGUAUUUGGGAAGAGAGCGUGCUCACUGCGACGGAGGAAGACGGCGUCGUUUACAGGCCGAAGACGAAGGAGACCCGGGCUGCGUACGAGGCGAUGCUUCACGUGAUUCGGCAGCUGUUGGGUGACCAGCCGGCGAGUGUGGUGCACGGCGCCGCCGACGAGGUUCUGGCGGUGAUUAAAGGUAAGAGGUUUGAUAAGAGAAAAGAGAUUGAGAAUUUGUUGAAUUCAGUCGGUGAUAAUGUAUUUGAUCAGAUUGUUCAGAUUGGGAAGCUGAUCACCGAUUACGGUGACGACGACGACGACGACGACGACAUAGUUGGUUGUGGUGAUGGUGAUUUCGAUGUGGGAGUUGCGGUUGAUUUUGAAGAGGAUGAGGAGGAGGAGGAGGAGGGUGUUGGUACGGUUGUGGAGGAUGAGGAUGAGGAUGAGGAGGAACAAAGGGAGUCGGUGGCGGGCGGAGCGAUUGUUGAUGGUGAUGAUGUAAUGGUGGAAUGUAGUGAAGGUGUGAGUGUGAAUGUUCAUGAGAUUGAUGCUUACUGGGUGCAGAGGAAGAUAUAUGAGGCUUAUGAGAAACAGAUUGAGCCACAACAGUGUCGGGAGCUAGCUGAAGAGGUGGUUAGUAUACUCGGUGAAGGUGGUGUUAGGGAUGUGGAAUCCAGGCUUUUGGAGAAGCUCCGGUUUGACAAGUUUGGGCUUAUUAAGUUUUUGUUGCUGAACAGGGUGAAGAUUGUGUGGUGUACUCGUUUGGCUAGAGCUGGGGGACAGGAGGAGAGGAAGAGAAUCGAGGAGGAGAUGCUGCGUUCGGGUCCUGAUUCGGCUGCAAUUGUAGAGGAGCUGUGUUUGAUGAGGGCUAGUGUGAAAGAGAGGCAAAAGAGUAAGGAGAUGAGUAUUAAAGCAGAGGCUCGGAAGUUGAAGAAGGCUGGGGUUGUUGACAGAGAUGGAGAAAGUGGUGAUUGGUGGAAGAACCAGGAUCAGCAGCUUGAUCUCGACAGCAUUGCACAAGAACAAAGUAGAAGAUUUUUGGUGCCAAACAAGUUUGAGCUUCCGAAAGGGUCUUACAGACAUUCAAGCAAGGGAUAUGAAGAAAUCCAUGUGCCGGCAUUGAAGCCUAGACCUUUCAACUCUGAUGAGAAACUUGUGCUAGUAUCUGCCAUGCCAGAAUGGACUCAACUGGCUUUCAAAGGAAUGACUCAGUUGAAUAGGGUACAAAGUCAAGUAUAUAGGACUGCCCUUGAAGCAGCGGACAAUAUUCUCUUAUGUGCUCCUACUGGGUCUGGAAAAACUAAUGUUGCAGUGCUCACUAUACUUCAGCAGUUGGGGCUGCACAUGAAUCAGGAGGACGGUUCAAUAGACCACAGUAAGUACAAAAUUGUAUAUAUUGCGCCCAUGAAAGCCCUUGUUGCUGAAGUUGUUGGAAAUCUGUCUAAUCGUUUGCAGGACUAUGGUGUCACGUGGGACAUCAUUACCAGGAAGUCGGGAGAUUAUACUUCUACAAAACGGGUCAAGCUUCUUAUCAUUGACGAAAUUCAUCUUCUCCAUGAUAGUAGAGGCCCGGUUCUUGAAAGUAUUGUUGCCCGAACUGUCAGGCAGAUUGAGACCACGAAAGAGCAUGUCCGCCUGGUGGGAUUAUCUGCUACACUUCCUAACUAUGAAGAUGUGGCGUCAUUCUUGCGUGUUGAUAAGAAGGGUCUGUUUUAUUUUGACAAUAGUUUCAGACCUAUCCCUCUUUCGCAACAGUAUAUUGGAAUUACUGCAAGGAAGUCAUGGCAGAAGUACCAGUUGAUGAAGCAACUCUGCUAUGAAAAGGUGAUGGCUGUAGCUGGAAAACAUCAAGUUCUUAUUUUUGUACACUCAAGGAAAGAAACAGCUAAAACAGCGGGUGAUAUAAGAGAUUCUGCACUUGCUAAUGAUUCCCUUGGUAGAUUUCUGAAAGAAGACAGCGGUAGCUGUGAAAUCAUUCGCAGUGAAUUGGUCAAAAUCAAGAGCAAUGAUCUCAAAAGUCUUUUACCAUAUGGUUUUGCUAUUCAUCAUGCUGGUAUGGACAGAGCAGACCGCCAACUGGUUGAGGAUCUCUUUGCUAAAGGGCAUGUACAAGUUUUGGUUUCCACUGCAACGCUUGCUUGGGGUGUGAAUCUGCCAGCUCACACUGUGAUUAUCAAAGGGACCGAAAUCUAUGAUCCAGAAAAGGGAGCAUGGACUGAACUAAGUCCGCUUGAUGUUAUGCAGAUGUUGGGUCGUGCAGGAAGACCCCAGUAUGAUUCGUGUGGAGAAGGGAUAAUCAUUACUGGCCACAAGGAACUACAUCACUAUCUUUCUUUAAUGAACCAACAACUUCCUAUUGAAAGUCAAUUUCUGUCCAAGUUGGCUGAUCAAUUGAAUGCAGAAAUUGUUCUUGGAAAUGUUCAGAAUGCUAGAGAAGCUUCUCAUUGGUUAACAUACUCUUACAUGUAUGUUCGCAUGCUAAAAAGUCCUAUCCUUUAUGGCUUGGAAGCUGAUGUUCUGGCAAAAGAUAGUAAGUUGGAGGAGAGGCGAGCUGAUUUGAUCCAUUCUGCUGCAACCAUCUUGGAAAAGAACAAUAUGAUCGUAUAUGAUAGAAGAAGUGGAUACUUCCAGGUUACAGACUUGGGUCGCAUUGCCAGUUAUUAUUAUAUAACACAUGGAACAGUGUCCACAUAUAAUGAGCAUUUAAAGCCAACGAUGGGGGACAGUGAGCUUUGUCGAUUGUUCUCUCUCAGUGAAGAAUUUAAGUAUGUAACUGUGCGGCAGGAUGAAAAGAUUGAAUUGGCAAAACUUUUGGACCGCGUACCAAUUGUGGUCAAGGAAAGCCUGGACGAGCCCAGUGCCAAGAUUAAUGUUUUGCUGCAAGCCUACAUUUCACAGCUGAAGCUUGAAGGUUUUUCUUUGGCAUCUGAUAUGAGUUUUAUUACUCAGAGUGCAGGGCGCCUUCUUCGAGCUCUUUUUGAGAUUGCCUUGAAACGAGGAUGGGCUGAAGUGGCAGAAAAGGCUUUGAACUUGUGUAAAAUGGUUAGCAGGAGGAUGUGGACUGUCCAAACACUGUUUCGCCAAUUCAAUGGAUUGAUAACAAAUGAUAUUUUGAUGAAGUUAGAGAAGAAGGAUUUAGCCUGGGAAAGGUAUUAUGACCUGUCUUCACAGGAGCUAGGGGAACUUAUUCGUUUCCCUACUUUGGGCAGAACACUUCAUAAGUUGGUCCACCAGUUUCCCAAAUUAAACCUCGCAGCCCAUUUGCAGCCAAUUACUCACACAGUAUUGAAAUUUGAGCUCACUAUAACACCGGAUUUUCAAUGGGAGGACAAAGUUCAUGGAUAUGUGGAGCCAUUUUGGGUAAUAGUGGAGAAUAAUGAUCGAGAGCAUAUUCUUCAUCACGAAUAUUUCCUGCUGAAAAAACAGUAUAUGGAUGAAGAUCAUACUUUGAUCUUUACGGUGCCAAUAUAUGAACCUCUUCCACCUCAAUAUUUUAUCCGUGUUGUGUCUGAUAGGUGGCUUAGGUCCGAGACUGUUUUACCUGUUUUAUUCAGGGACCUCAUCUUACCUGCAAAGUGUCCUCCACCGACUGAGUUAUUGGACUUGCAACCACUUCCUGUGACUGCAUUGAGGAAUCCGUUAUACGAGGCUCUGUAUGAUCAAGAUCUUAUGCAUUUCAAUUCUGUCCAGACUCAGGUCUUCACUGCUUUGUAUAAUUCAGAUGACAAUGUUUUAGUUGCUGCACCAACAGGAAAUGGGAAGACCAUAUGUGCAGAGUUUGCGAUAUUGAGGAAUCAUCAGAAGAGCACUGAACCUGAAGGUUGUGUCAUGCGUGUUGUGUACAUUGCAUCUUUUGAUGCAAUUGCCGAGGUAACUUAUGUUGACUGGAAGAAGAAAUUUGGAGAUGGUCUCAAACUGAACGUUGUAAAAUUAACUGGGGAAUUAGCCAUGGACUUGAAAUUGCUCGAGCAAGGUCAAGUUAUCAUCAGCACUCCAGAGAAAUGGGACUAUCUAUCCCGUUGCUGGAAACGGAGAGAGAAUGUUCAACAAGUUAGUCUUUUUAUUGUGGAUGAACUCCACCUGAUUAGUGGUGAGGGCGGACAGAUCAUAGAGACAAUAGUCUCUAGAAUGAGACUGAUAGCCAGUCGACCCAAGACCAAGAUUCGCAUUGUGGCUCUUUCAACUUCUGUUGCAAAUGCAAAGGACCUUGGAGAAUGGAUAGGAGAUGCCUGCAUUUUCAAUUUUUCUCCAGGUGUGCGUCAAGUGCCUCUGGAUAUUGACAUUCAGGGGGUUGAUUUGGCAAACUUUUAUGCAAGGAUGGAAGCUAUGGUGAAAGCAACAUGGACUGCAAUUGUUCAACAUGCCAAGAAUGGGAAACAAGCUCUUGUGUACGUUCCUACAAUGAAACAUGUCCGACUAACUGCUAAGAAUCUGGUGACUUACUCAAAUUCUGACAUUGUCGAGAAGUUGUCAUUUUUAUUGCAGUUUUCAGAAGAUAUUGGAAAAGUUAGUGAUGAAAAACUGCGAAGCACUUUGAGCUGUGGGGUGGGCUACUUGCAUGAGGGAUUACCCAGCGAGGAUCAAGAAGCUGUGACAAAGCUUUUUAAAGAUCGAUCAAUCCAAGUCUGUGUCGUGAGCAGUUCAAUGUGUUGGGGAGUGCCGUUGUCAGCCCAUUUGGUGGUUGUGAUGGGAACCCAGUAUUAUGAUGGCACUGAUUACCCUGUUACUGAUCUGUUGCAGAUGAUGGGUCAUGCCAAUCUCCCGCAGCCAAAUGAUUCUGGGAAAUGUGUUAUCCUUUGUCACGCGCCUCGUAAAGAAUACUACAGGAAGUUCUUGUACGAAGCAUUCCCUGUUGAAAGCCAAUUGCACCAUUACCUACAUGAUAUCCUAAAUGCUGAAGUUGUUUCUGGUAUUAUUGAAACCAUGCAAGACGCUGUUGAUUACCUUAGCUGGACUUUCUUGUUUAGGAGGCUGACGCAAAAUCCCAACUAUUAUGAACUCCAGGGAGUUACUUACCGACAUUUAUCUGAUCACCUCUCAAGGCUUGUUGAAACUACAGUUUAUGAUUUGAAAAGAAGUGGGUGUGUUAGCAUCGAGGAUGACAUGGAUCUUUAUCCUUUGAACCUUGGUGUGAUAGCUACAUAUUAUCACGCUAAGUAUACUACCAUCGAGCGUUUCAGUUCUUCCUUAACUUCCAAAACAACAGUGAAGGGUCUUCUGCAGAUUCUAGCUCAAGCUUCGGAGUUUUCAGAACUUCCUAUACGACCAGGGGAGGAAGAGGUGAUCCAAAGGUUAGCAAACCACCAGAGGUUUUCCUUUGAGAAUCCCAAAUACACAGAUUCUCAUGAUAAAGCACUUGCUCUGCUUCAGGCCCAUUUCUCUAGACAACCUGUGGGUGCGGAGCUGGCUUUGGACCAGCAAGAGGUGCUGACAAAUGCAAGUAGGUUGAUUCAUGCAAUGGUUGAUGUGUGUUGCACCAACGGGUGGCUAAGAGUUGCUCUUCUAGUGAUGGAAGUCAGCCAGAUGCUGACCCAGGGAUUGUGGAAGGGUGACUCAGAGUUUCUACAGCUUCCUCACUUCACAAAGGAGUUGGCAAAGAGAUGCCAAGAAAAUCCUGGAAAGAGUGUGCAAACCAUAUCUGAUUUGAAGGAGAUGAAGGAUGACGAGAGGCAUCAACUCCUUCAGUUGCCAGAGACGGAGUUGAUGGCCAUUGAACAUUUUUGCGAACAAUUUCCUGACAUUGUGAUAGAUUAUGAGGUGCUGGAGAGUGAGAAUGUACGGGCCGGGGAAGAAUUCACUCUGGAAGUGAAUCUCGAGUUUAGGCAUAAGGUGAGAACAGCCCAGUUGGGCUGUGAUGACGUGAAGAGGUACCGCAAGGACAAAGAAGACGGGUGUUGGGUUGUGGUGAGCGAUAACAAGCUUGACUCAGUUGUCUUUAUAAAGAGAGUUCCCCAUGUUAAGAAGUUGACGAAACUCCCAGUUACAAUUGCUGCUCCUGCAGAAGCUGGAACGACGGCACAUUAUAAGCUUUUUUUGAUGUGUGAUUCCUAUAUGGGAUGCGAUCAGGAAUCUGACUUGAUUCCUGUUGAGAUAAAGUAGUCUGUUUUGAAGCACGGCUUGGAAACUUCUCUGAUGAGCCUGACGUUGAGCUUGCUGCUUGUACUAAUUGAUCUGAUGAUCUCUGGAAACCAACCUGUCCAAGCUAUGACCUAUAUAUGUGACUUGGAAGUUAUUUGGGGUUUUCUUCAGUAUUCAUCCGUAGUGUGAGCUAGCCAUCAGAAGGAUGUGACAGCGAUUGUGUUGCGUACUUGGAUUGUACAUAUGGAAUCUUAUUCAAUUAGUUGGGCAGUGAUGUCCCUCUUGCUUCAAAAGAAUCAAAACUUCUAGCAUUGACAGAAUUCCAGAUAUUCUCUUGCGAAACAAAGAAUGUUGGCGCAUUGCCUUGCUGUUGUCCACAUUGUUAUAUCAUAGGGACGUUGUUGUUCAUUGUGCUGGAGCUAAUCUAAACAAGACCUUCAAACUUGAAGAACGAAGAGCUUUAUUUAAGGCAGCCAAAAAAAUGCCAUAGUUAAUCCUGGUCUUGGUAAAGUCUGGGAUUUAAAGCCAUUGCUUAGCACACAAGUCAUGACGAACGUUUUGCAUCUCAAGUCUGGAGGACCACUAAUUAGAGAAUGGCAAGAAAAGCUAAUUGCUAAUCCCUUGGGGACUGCAGAGGAAUGCCUCAGGUGGAUCAGGGAAACACAUUCUCAAAGAUCUGCAGGAGUUGCAUACUGAAAACAUUCUAAAGUAUUUUAGAAAUAAAGGAUCGUUACACCCGGAUCAAUCCUUAGUUGCUGAUGCGUUUAUGAUCAGAAAAUAAUAUCGAAACUAAAUUGAAACAACUGUUGUAGUAUAUAUGAUUCACAUGUACAAAACAUGAGUCAUAGUAUAAAUGUCUAUAUCAUGUAUACAAAUAGGUACUUGAGUGUAUAAUGUAGGUAUUGUGACUUGUGUGACAAGCUUUAUGCCAAAGGGCAACAAGCAUGGCAUUUUAUCAUCAUCACAGCCACCAUAGAAGGCUGCAGCUGUGAAUGUAGAGGUUAUCAAAUUGAGUUACUCUUUGAGCUUUCACACUUGUAAUAUUUUCCUAUAAAUACCUCUUUGUGUGAGAUGAAUAAACACACUUGAAUCUCUAUUCUCACAGAAACAUUACUCUCUCUCUCUGUUUAUCAUUUCAUACUUGUCCUCAAACACGUUAUCAGCACGAAAUUGCUCUAGAAUUAGAAUCGAAAUUGAAAAGAGGAGAGGUAGUUCAUAAUCCGAUCGAAGUCAUUUUUUCAAACUUGCAAAAAACCUCCAAACCCUAGCUCAUAUCAAAGCCCUUGAUUCAAGAAGCUCAGAACCGGUUUCAGAACGCCCAGAACCGGCCGGAAACAGCCUGAACCGGCCACCGGAAAAAUCGAACCGCUGCUGAACCGCUGUCGAAGUGCUGCCGAGACCUGCCGAAAGCUCCUGCCGAGUGCUGCCGAAAGCCCCUGCCGAUACCUGCCGAAAGCCCCUGCCGAGUCCUGCGCAGCAGCUGCCGAGCACCUGCCGAAGCCCUGCGCAGCAGCUGCCGAGCACCUGCCGAAGCCCUGCGCAGCAGCUGCCGAGCCACCUGCAGGCCAUCUGCCGAGCAGC